CGAGUCCCAAAACAGAGCAUCUUCGUUUUUAAAAUUUAGGGCUCCUCGCUUUAAGUUUGGCGACCAAAUGUUCUCUCCCCGUUAACCAAGAAGACACGCAUUGCUCGCACGCUGAUAGGUUUUUGCGAUAUCUCUGCGUGGAGAGAAAGAAAGGGGCGAUCCCCUCGACUGGUAAGCUCGACAUCCAUUUCGUUUGUCUCGUUUUUGGACUGUUUGCUCGGAUUCUCAAACAGAUGGAGCGAUUGAUUCCAUUGCUUCUUCUUUGUCUCCUCAUCGGCAAUGUAGCAUCGAUGAAGAAACCCGGAGAGAUUGUGGAGGACGAGGAGCUCCUGGACGAUGAAUUCGAUAGCAGCGAGAGGCAAGACUAUCAGCAAGUCGAUCCAAAGCCAAAGCUCCAGUCUCCAGUCCAGCCAGGCCCGGUGGAGCAUCUCAAGCCUCUUCCACCAUUCGGCUCGUCCUCGCAUGCAGCUCCUCCAUCUCCACCACCUCGAUCGCCGCCACCUCCCACCGCCGCCGCUCCGCCACCAUCGCCACCGUCCAAGCCCGACAAUCCCACUGUUCCAAUCUCCACUGGCUCUUCUUCAUCGUUUCCUCCGUCGCCUUCUGGAGGCUCGACGAUUAUCACUCCGCCACCUUGAGAAUUCUCUGUAUUUUUCUCGAAGUGUUCUAAUAACAUAGCACCUAGAAUA